GGUAAGUUUGGAAUUGCAGAGAAACCAAUAACCCAAUCCAUGGUUAUAAAACACCAUAGCAACAUAGUAAGAGAAUGGAACACCUACCUGUUACCUGCGACAACCAUUCCACAAGAAGUUCAAAGGCAGGGAGGGUACCUCUUAUGUCCUGAAUCGUCACAACCACAAUCAGCAAGCAGUAAUGACAUCGGAGUACCAAGCAAUAGGGUGGGAGCAAAGGCACUUGAAGCUAGCAGGAAGGGUGUUGAUGCUAUGGAAGCUGUGGGAGAAUCAAGAAAGGAUGGCAAACAAGCCACAAAACCCAUGGGACAAAGUAGUGUCAGCCACAAAGAACAACGAUGCCAAAAUGCUGAUGAGUACAAACAUGGGAACACCGAGGAAAUGGGAGCUAAUGAGGAAACCCAAGGACGACAGGAGAAACAAUACUAUAGGAACAGAAAGAGAGGAGAACCAAGAGUUGACCUCCAAGAUGAUUGGGGCGAAAUGGUAAUGGUACCAACCGAUGACAUCAUGACCACAAGUUGUGAUGACCUGGAAGGACCUAGUAAAAAGGCAAAUUGA